UCACUUGCCUAUUUCUCCUUCUUCUUCGUUUCGAGUUGAGACUGCAACAAAACCCUUGAGAAACCCUUCAAACUCUGCAGUCAGCAGCACACACACGCACCCUUCUGGAACGCUGCUCCUUCCUUCUCAUCUCGAAUCAAUACGCACCGUUUCAGCACGCACGAACUGGUUCGUACUUCGUUGGAGGAUUCAGCACCGAAUUUGGUAACUGCAUUGCAUGUCUAUAAUCCAUUCUUAGCACAAUGGAUCAGGGUAACAACAACAACCUAGAAACCCAGAUACCCAAUAAUGAUGAUCAGUGUUUUCUGUUAUUCUUCAUCAUGGGCACUUACUUUGGUCCUGACAUCAAAGGGCAAACCACCAAGAAAUCAGUGUUGCAAAGAGUAGCUGAGGGGCUACCUUCAUACACAUUGGAUCAACUCACCAAUUCUGUCAUGAAAGUUGUGGAAUUAGAGCAUAUUUAUUAUUAUAUACUUAGGAAUGCUGAUAAGAAACUCACAUUGAACUUACCCUUUUUGCGCCGAACCUUUGAAGGCGUAGAUCGCGCUGAAAAUUGCAAUUAUCCCCAGUUUUCUGAUAUGUUCCCACCUGAUUUGCAUCCCAUAUGUCGGUUUAAAAAUCGACAUAAAGUUGUUAACAGCAUUGUGUUUGUUAACAACCCUGAAGUUUUGUGCCAUAAGCUAGAGGAUGUUGAAAGGUUCAAGAGGCUGAGUGGGGUGAGUGAUUUCCAUGUGGACAGUGAAGCUGCAAGGCUGCACCUGCCUACUUGUUUUGAUGGCGGUGUUUUGCGUAACAUGCCGGAGGUUAACGAGAACGAGCCAUUGCCUACCUCUUGUACCGGCACUGGUUCUCAGAAGCCAAAAAGUGAUGAUUUUUCGGAGCUUCAGGAUCAUAGCCAUAGGCAACAUGCCCAUGCUGCGGCACCAGAGGAUGUUGAAAGGUUGCACACUUGUUUUGAUGGAAGUGUUUUGUGUAACAUGCCCGUGGAGAAGGCUGAGCCUAAUGAAAACGAACCAUUGCCUGCAUUUCAGUCUUGUACCAGCACUGGUUCUCAGAAGCCAAAAAGUGAUGAUUUUGCUGAGCUUCAGGAUCAUAGCCUUAGGCCACAUGCCCAUGGUGCGGCACCUAUCAAGAGUGUGCCUUGUGAUGAUGCGAAUGUGAUGUGCGGUUACACGGUGCCUGGCGAUGAGAAUGAUCCUGAUAAAGUCGGUCCGGCCAUGUUGUUCCUUCCUUCUCGCCCUACUGAGAACGAAUGGUCUGACAUUGUGGCUGCUACCAAGAAUGGAUUUGGAUUGACCGGAAGUGCGGCUAUGGGGCGGGCAGGACCAAUCAUAGGACUUGUGGACAUUGGAGAGUGUGAAGAUUCAUACCUAUUUCGCAUGUCUCUCCCGGGAGUGAAGAGGGAUGAAAGGGAAUUCAGCUGUGAGGUUGACACCGAUGGUAAGGUACUGAUAAGUGGAGCAACUACAACAGGAGAGAAGACGGUAUCCAGGUACUCUCAGGUGUUUGAUAUGCAAACUCAAAACCUUUGCCCACCGGGCCCUUUUUCCAUCACAUUUCAGCUCCCCGGCCCUGUUGAUCCGCAUCAAUUUUCGGGUAAUUUUGGCACUGAUGGAAUUCUUGAAGGAAUUGUUAUGAAAAGGAAACCUACAUGAUAGCGAAGCUUUGUCUGAUUAGAAUCCUUGCUUUCAUACCACCAAGCAGCAACAAAGGUUAAUAUAUGUUAAUGCAAAAUGUCAUCAAUAGAUGAGGUUUUGAGUGACCAUGUCGGCAUGUCCUGUAUAGUGUUUAUCCUUAGUUUAUUAUUUUGUGUUUAUGAUGUACAUGCUUAGAUGGUCACUGACAUUUUGUGCCUGUACAAUUGCCUGUUAUAUGGUUAAUUAAGCCAUUUUGUUGGAUAUAUCCUCCACUGAUGAGUAUAUUAAAUUCUCUUGAGACAAGAAAUUUAAAGUCUUUAGUAUGAUAGAUAGUGAUUCAUCAAC